AUGUUCCCGGAACCCCCGACCCCUGGCUCUCCAGCGCCUGAGACACCUCCAGACUCCAGCCGCAUCAGGCAGGGUGCAGUGCCUGCCUGGAUCCUGGUCACCAUAGUACUGGGUUCAGGCCUCCUGAUCUUCAGCAGCUGUUUCUGUCUCUACCGAAAGCGCUGUCGAAGACGGCUGGGCAAGAAGAGCCAGGCCCAGGCCCAAGUUCACCUUCAGGAAGUGAAAGAGCUGGGCCGCAGUUACAUAGAUAAGGUUCAGCCUGAAAUAGAGGAGCUUGAUCCCUCACCAUCAAUUCCAGGCCAGCAGGUACCAGACAAACACCAGCUAGGACGACUGCAGUAUUCACUGGAUUAUGACUUCCAGACGGGUCAGCUCCUGGUGGGCAUCCUGCAAGCUGAAGGGCUGGCGGCGUUGGACCUAGGAGGUUCUUCAGACCCCUAUGUUAGCGUCUAUCUGCUGCCAGACAAGCGGAGGCGACAUGAGACCAAGGUGCAUCGGCAGACCCUAAAUCCACACUUUGGGGAAACCUUUGCCUUCAAGGUGCCAUAUGUGGAACUGGGAGGCAGAGUGCUGGUCAUGGCAGUAUACGAUUUCGAUCGCUUCUCCCGCAAUGAUGCCAUCGGGGAGGUGCGGGUGCCCAUGAGUUCAGUAAAUCUGGGCCGGCCGGUGCAGGCCUGGAAAGAGCUGCAGAUGGCUCCCAAAGAGGAGCAGGUGAAACUGGGGGACAUCUGCUUCUCUCUCCGCUAUGUCCCCACGGCCGGAAAACUCACUGUCAUUGUUCUGGAAGCUAAAAACCUGAAGAAGAUGGAUGUAGGAGGACUCUCAGAUCCCUAUGUGAAGGUGCACCUGCUUCAGGGAGGCAAAAAGGUUCGGAAGAAGAAAACCACUAUUAAGAAGAACACUCUGAACCCCUAUUAUAACGAGGCCUUCAGCUUCGAGGUGCCCUGUGACCAAGUGCAGAAAGUCCAGGUGGAGCUGACUGUAUUGGACUAUGACAAGCUGGGCAAGAAUGAGGCCAUCGGGAGAGUGGCAGUGGGUGCAGCCGUUGGUGGGGCUGGCCUACGGCACUGGGCUGACAUGUUGGCCAACCCCAGGCGGCCCAUUGCCCAGUGGCACUCGUUGCGGCCCCCUGACCGAGCCAGGCCAAUGGUUGCGCCCUGA